AUGCUAAAUAGAUUUUCUACAAUUAUACUUACUGUUUUUGGUAAAAAUCAUCGAAUAGGACCAGUAAUACAUUUCAAAAGUAAAGUUAAUAUUGGUGUUGAUGAUGAACGUCAACAACAUUCAAAAGGUGUACAUGUUAUAUUUACAAUACAAUCCGAAACAGCUACCAAAGAGCUUCGUCAUGCCAAACGCGUGUUAGCUAUCACUGGCGCAGGCAUUUCUGCAGAUUCUGGACUACCAACCUACCGUGGUAUCGGUGGUCUUUAUAGUGACGGUCAAGAGGUCGAAGAAGGAAUGACCAUCGAGGAGGCUCUAUCCGGCUACACUAUGCGCACGGAGCCAGAUAUUUGCUGGAAGUACAUCUGUCAAAUCGAGUCUGCCUGCCGUGCUGCUAAACACAAUUCUGCACACGAGGCACUCGUAGCUCUUGAAUCGAAGUUUGAACAUUUUACUGUAGUCACUCAAAAUAUCGAUGGUUUACAUCGCAGUGCCGGCACAAAAGACCUUAUCGAAAUUCAUGGCAACAUACAUCAACUAUUUUGUACCAUUUGUGAUCGUGAAAAGCAUGUUGCUGACUUCGAUGGCAUGGAAAUUCCGCCUGCUUGUAGCCGCUGUGGUGGGCUCAUACGACCGCGCAUCGUUCUAUUUGGUGAAAUGUUGCCAAUGCAUGCGCUCACUCGACUUUCCGAAAUAGUGGAUAAAGGUGUCGAUGCUGUUAUCACAAUUGGAACUACUAGUGUAUUUCCAUACAUUGCGGGACCAGUUUUACGUGCUGCAGAAAACAAUAUUAUUACUAUUGAAAUCAACCCAAGCGAUACCAAAGUGUCACAUGCUGUGCGAUAUCGUCUGCGCGAACGGGCGAGUAUUGCUUUGCCUGCAUUAUUGAAACAUCUUUCGUAG